GGCGAGCCUUGGGGGGGGGGUUGCGCAGGACCCUGGGAGGCUGAGCCCCUGGCUCUAGAAGAUUGUGCCCACCCUCUGCCCGAAGUCUGGGCUUUCCCCUCCAGGUCGCUCUCCCCAAGCGCAAGUGGGGGACAAAGAGAUUCCCGAGGGCAGGGUGGAGUCUCUCACAGUCCAGCUCCUGUCCUGGGGUCCUCGGGACCACCUCAGUUCCAGCCUGCUUGUGAGGAGGAAGGGAGUGGGAGAAAAGGACAGUGGGGUCUUCCUUGGAAAUUCUGGGUUGAUCAGUGCCUGUUUGGAGCCUGUUGGGGGGAGAAGGCAGGAGGAACAGGACCGUUCGUGGAAAAACCAUUUAAACUCUCCCUCUACUGAGUAUCUGGACAAGGAGGACAGAAUUCAGUAGUUCGGAAAGGAAGUUGAGAUAGAGAGCAGUGGCUAGAGUAGGUAGGCGAGUAUGGGGAGCAGGAAGGGCUAGGGAGAAGAGCAAGGCUGUAGCGGCUGCCUGUUGAGGGAGGAAGAGGGGGGGGAGAAGAGGAGGGGGAGGAGAGAGAUGACAUGGGGAGAGCAGAAGGGGGGUUGGACGUGGGAGGAGGAGGAGAGGACUCGAGGGACCGUCUGUCGCGGGACAGGCGGGCCAGCUGGGGCGCGGAGCCGGGUCCGGAGGAGGCAGCGGCAGCGGCAGCAGCAGCGCUCGGAGCAGCAGCAGCAGCAGCAGCGGCAGCAGCAGCUUCAGCAGCAGCAGCAGCAGCAGCAGCGGCAGAAACAAGUACCAGCCACACAGCGGCUCCUCCCGCCGGAGCAGCCACAGUCCCCCUGCCGAGAUGGCGCUGCAAAGCCUGGCGAGCAAGGAAGCCAAGGGGCCCUGGCGGGAGGCAGACCAGGAACAACAGGAGUGGGUGGGUAGCCCCGAACCAGAGCCCGAGCCUGAGCCGGUGCCUGUGCCCCCACCCGAGCCGCAGCCAGAGCCACAGCCGGAGCCCCAGCCCCUACCAGACCCUGCACCCCUGCCGGAGUUGGAAUUUGAGCCCGAGCCAGUGCAUGAUUCCAAGUCCACGCCCACUGUAGAGACCCGCGGCACGGCGCGCGGCUUUCAGCCCCCCGAAGGUGGCUUCGGCUGGAUGGUGGUCUUCGCUGCCACCUGGUGCAACGGCUCCAUCUUUGGCAUCCAGAACUCUUUUGGGAUCCUCUACUCCAUGCUGCUGCAGGAGGAAAGAGAGAAAAAUCGCCAAGUGGAGUUCCAAGCAGCAUGGGUAGGAGCCCUCUCAAUGGGCAUGAUCUUCUUCUGUUCUCCCAUUGUGAGUAUAUUCACUGAUCGUUUGGGCUGCCGAAUCACAGCAACUGCAGGGGCUGCUGUCGCUUUCAUAGGCCUCCAUACCAGCUCCUUUACCAGCUCACUAAGCCUGCGUUAUUUCACCUAUGGGAUUCUCUUUGGUUGUGGCUGUUCCUUCGCCUUUCAGCCAUCUCUCGUCAUCCUGGGCCACUACUUCCAACGCCGUCUGGGUCUGGCCAAUGGUGUGGUGUCUGCUGGGAGUAGCAUCUUCUCCAUAUCCUUUCCUCUUCUCAUCAAAACACUGGGGGCUAAGAUCAAGCUCGCCCAAACCUUCCAGGUGCUGAGUACCUUCAUGUUCAUUCUUACGCUGCUUUCGCUCACCUACCGGCCACUCCUACCCAGUUCCCAGGACACCCCAAACAAGAGAGGUGUCCGCACCCUGUGCCAACGCAUUCUGUCUCAGCUUAGAAAGUACUUCAACAUGCGAGUAUUCCGCCAACGUACCUACCGCAUCUGGGCCUUCGGGAUUGCUGCUGCUGCCCUUGGCUACUUCGUUCCCUAUGUACACCUGAUGAAGUAUGUGGAGGAAGAGUUCUUGGAAAUCAAGCAGACCUGGGUGCUCUUGGUGUGUAUUGGGGCUACCUCAGGCCUUGGGCGCCUUGUGUCAGGCCGUGUCAGUGACUCCAUUCCUGGACUUAAGAAGAUCUACUUGCAGGUCAUCUCCUUCCUGCUCCUGGGCCUGAUGUCCAUGAUGAUUCCCCUGUGCCGGGGCUUCGGGGGCCUCAUCGUUGUCUGCCUCUUCCUGGGCCUGUGUGAUGGCUUCUUCAUCACCAUCAUGGCCCCCAUCGCAUUUGAGCUGGUAGGCCCAAUGCAGGCCUCACAAGCAAUUGGCUACCUCCUUGGCAUGAUGGCCCUGCCGAUGAUUGCUGGGCCCCCCAUUGCAGGACUCCUCCGCAACUGUUUUGGGGACUACCAUGUGGCCUUCUACUUUGCUGGUGUGCCCCCCAUCAUUGGGGCUAUAAUCCUCUUCUUCGUACCUCUGAUGCAUCAAAGGAUGUUCAAGAAAGAGCAAAGGGAUUCCAGCAAGGAUAAGAUGUUGGCCCCUGAUGCAGACCCAAACGGGGAGCUGCUGCCGGGUUCCCCCAUCCCUGAGGAACCAAUCUAAUGCAUUUUACUUGCCAUUGUGUGCUCCUCCCCAGCCUUUUCCCUUCACCCCACCCUGCUCAGCAUUUACAUUUUUGCCAUCAGCACACUUGUUCUCAAACAUGCACACACAGCAGUUCAGCCACCUGACCAGCCCCUUGGAGCCAAAGCUCCUGUUAAACUCAUUAACCAAAUUCUCCCUGUGAAUGCCUUUAAACUUGCCAGGGUCCUUCUCUCAGGAUCUAGGAAACCUCGGGAUCCCCCUGGCCUUUGGAACAUCUCCAUAUACUUUCUAAAUACCUGGAGAUGUUACCUCCUGGCCCCAGCUUGCUAGUUACCCACUAAAAGCAACUUCCAAAGGUGCUACUGUGUCCCUAGGAGCCUGGUGGGAAGACCCAAGCCUCUGUGUGCUCAGGAGUUCCUUGCCAUCUGUCCUUGGGAGUCAUUGGUAAGGGGGCAGAAAAACGGCAGAGAGGUAAAAUCAGAGAAGGAGACUUGCUUAGUCUCAGAGUCUCUGAGGCCUGUGGCUUCCCAAGAGCUGUGGUGACAUCACUUUACAAGUGUACAAAUAAGUCUCCCCACCAUAUAGUUGGUUAACAGUCUUCUUCCUUCUUCCUUUCUUCAUUUUUUCCCCUUUACUCCUUCUUCUCCCUUCUCUUCCCCCUCUACUUCUUUUUAUGACUGUCAUAGAUGCAUGGGUGCUUGAAGACAGAAGGGACCUAGAGCUUGGGCCAAUCAGCCUCACCUUGGCCCAGCCAACCCUAACAUGAUCAUCAAUUCCACUCAUCUCAGGCUGAGCUACAUCUCAUUUUUUGGCUCAAGCUGCUAUAAUUAUAAACUGGAAGAUUCAAUAUCACAUAGGGAAGGGACCUUAAGCACCGUAAAGUUCCACUCACUGAUUUUUACAGAUUUCCCAGGCCAGUGCAUUAACCUGCAGGCACUUCCAGCUCCCCAUCUGUGCAUUCACCUGUCAAAAUGUGAAGAAAUUCCUUUCAUCUCAGCAGGCAGAGGAGGACUGAUGAUGGGGAGGGCAUGGUUGGGGGAGGGGCAAUAGUUAUUGACCUGGCAAAGGACCAACUCCUCCAUCUCUCAUUUGCCAUGAUAGGUUAAUAUUUCCACCGGGGUCAGGGCGGGAAAGGGGCUGUUUUAGGGAAGAUCCCAUUCCCAACCUGGAUCCCCAAAAGGUAGAGGCAGCAGCUACAUGUAGGAUUUAACAAUUUCUUUUAGGAAGAGGAAACCAUCUUAACCUUUACAACGCAAUAUGUCUCCCAUGCUGGGCAUCCUGAGCCACUCUGCUUAGUGGGCAUUAAAGGUGCCAGGAAAGGUAGGCUCUGGGCCAUCUUAAUCCUUCUGUAAUGGGGCCAGAUGCUUCCCCAUGCUCAGAUUCUGAGCACCAUUCUUGCUGAAGAGCAUUCCCAACCAGGCUGUGUCCAAGCUAGCACAACUCACCUCCUUAGGAGUUCAGCCUCUCUCCUUACUUGGCCUCUUUGUAUCUCUUUCUCUGUAUUCUGGGCCUUUGUCUGUUGUGCUCCUGUUACCCUAAUCUUUCAUCACCUUCUUGUCAGACAUCCCUGGCUGUUAUUGGAGCUAACAGUGACUUGCCACCCUUAGCCAGGGCCAUCCAGGGCCAGGAGGAUAAGGUUGCCUGUGAGGGGCUCCAAAGAAGACAGUGGUCCCUAACCAUGACAUUUUCCGUUACAAACAGGCAGCUGGGGCUUGGUUGGCCUAUGAUGGCUGCAUUCAAGGCCAAAGUCCUACGCCCCCUCCAUUGGUCCUAGUCCAGCUUUUAUCAACUUCCCAAAGGAAAACUCACUGGCUCUUAGCCCUAUGGGUAAAAAGGGGCCUAAUUACUAUCCUCCUGGCUCAAAGAGCAGUGGGACAGGAGAAGCUAAGCCCCAGGAGCCUUGUAACUCCAAGGAGAGACCAUUGAAAAUGUUGGAGCAACAAAGCCCAUGUGCCCAUUCUUACUGUCCCACCCCCACCAAGUCAUUGGAGGGCAGUUCUGCAGGGCCUCCUUUGUUGUUCAAGGUAAAGAAAGCUCUUAAAAAUCAGGCUGCCAACCACUUCUCUCCAGAUCAAAGAAAGACAUUCACGGGUCCCAAAUCUGCCCUAUCAGUUGUCACAUAACAUAGUGGGGUGUCAGUUUACUUCUUCCACAUAUGUGCAUGUACAUGUGUGAGCUUGUGUGCUUUUGGAGAGAAUGUUGGUUGGUGAAAGCAGCUCAGUAUUAAUAUUUAGGGUAGGAUGCAGCCUCUAAUGCACCACAGUUAAAUCUAGGAGAACGAACAAAAUUUGGGAGCUUGAGAUCUGGGACAUUUAAAUCCUCAAAAGGAUUGGAACAAAAUAAACAUAUCUAAAAAUCUAGAUUUGGUAUGUG